GUUAUCUAAAUCCAAGCUCUGCAAAUGUCCCAAAUUCACUGCCGUAAUCCCCCACAAGAAAGAGAGAAAAGCGAGCACGAGUCCGGCGAGUUUUGCCUUCUUCUACAACAGUGGCGUGAAUUCCAUUUCACCUUCCUUCCUCCUCCUCGCACUAUUCUCCGCUUUCCACGGGACAAAACUUCCCUACCUCUCUCCUUCCUUUUAUGAGCUUCAGAAGAAACGUGUCUUGUGCUGCUGAGAUCUAAUCCUCUUCUUGAUAUCCUCUCAAGAGUAGCAACUACAACUUCAAAUCUUCAACUUCAUCCUCACCAAAGUUUGACUUUUUCCCCCUUCCCAUUUCUCCUAUUGAUUCUUCAGUUCUUACAUUAUCCUUUCACAACUGCUCCUUCUGUCCAAGAUUCUUCAGUUGGGUCUCCUAAAAGUUUUCAACUUUCUUUUAUUUCAACACUAAAAGUUUCCGCUUUAUGCUGAUGAUGAUGAUGAUGGCGUUAUAACUGAUUCAAACCUGUUUCAUGUCGAUUCUAUGCGGCUGUUGCCCUCUUCUAGAAUGCGUUUACUGUCUCGGCUGUGCACGCUGGGCUUACAAACGCUGUCUCCACACGGCCGGCCACGACAGCAAAGACUGGGGACUCGCCACGCCCCACGAAUUCGAACCCGUUCCUCGGUUCUGUCGCUACAUCUUAUCCGUCUACGAGGACGAUAUCAGAAACCCUCUGUGGGAGCCUCCGGAAGGGUACGGUAUAAACCCUGACUGGCUGCUUCUCAAGAAGACUUACGAAGACACUCAGGGCCGUGCUCCUGCUUACGUGCUGUAUCUCGAUCAUGAUCAUAGAGACGUGGUUGUUGCCAUCCGGGGUUUGAACCUGGCGAAGGAGAGUGAUUACGCUGUGCUGUUGGAUAACAGGCUCGGGGAGAGGAAGUUUGACGGUGGGUAUGUGCACAACGGGCUGUUGAAGGCUGCUGGUUGGGUGUUGGAUGAGGAGUGUGAGGUUUUGAGAGGGUUGGUGGUGAAGUAUCCGGGUUAUACUCUGACGUUUGCUGGGCACUCGUUAGGGUCUGGUGUGGCUACGAUGCUGGCUUUGUUGGUGGUUCGAAGGCCGGAUAGGUUGGGGGAUAUUGAGAGGAAGAGAGUGAGGUGUUUCGCUAUUGCGCCUGCGAGGUGUAUGUCGUUGAACUUGGCUGUUAGAUAUGCGGAUGUGAUCAACUCUGUUGUGCUUCAGGAUGACUUCCUGCCUAGGACAGCUACGCCUUUAGAAGACAUAUUCAAGUCGCUUUUCUGUUUACCAUGUUUGUUGUGUAUAAGAUGCAUGAAGGAUACAUGUAUUCCAGAAGAAAAGAUGCUCAAAGAUCCAAGGCGGCUUUACGCUCCUGGUCGCAUGUAUCACAUCGUCGAGAGAAAGCCUUGCAGAUUAGGAAGAUUCCCUCCGGUUGUGAAAACAGCAGUGCCAGUAGACGGAAGGUUCGAACACAUUGUACUUUCUUGUAACGCAACAUCAGACCACGCCAUCAUCUGGAUCGAACGAGAAGCUCAGAGAGCUCUCAACCUAAUGGUGGAGAAGGAGAAGAGAAUGGAGAUACCAGAGAAGCAGAGGAUGGAGAGACAAGAAUCAUUAGCAAGAGAACACAACUUGGAGUACAAAGCAGCUUUAAGACGAGCAGUAACCUUAGCUGUUCCUCACGCUGACUCCAUCUCCUCUGAGUACGGGACAUUUGACAAAGCUGAAACAGAAGAAGACGAAGAAACAGAGGAGGAAGAAGAAGAAGAAACAGAGUCGAGUGCAUCAAUGGUGGGAGAACCAUCCUCGUCCUCUGUUCGUCAAUCGUACAAGAGAAGAAGGAACCGUGGUGUUAGUUGGGACGAGCUGAUCGAAAGUCUCUUUGAGAGAGACGAGUCUGGUAAUUUAACAUUCGAGAAAUCAGAUUCGCGACGUUGAUCGAAUCGAAAGUGUUUUUUUUAUUGUAUGUGUAGAAAAAAAGACAGAUGUUUAUUACAAUCAUUAUCGUACAGACCAAAUUGGUCUGAGUUUAUUACAGAAGAAGAUCUCUUUCUCUUUC